GCGCUCUUUAGUUUUGUGACGUCACUUGGGUCUCUACUUUUGAAAUGGCAACAAAACGAACUGAGAAUUGCAAUUAAGAGCCCUACUUUUUGUUGUAUGUGGUCCAAACGAUUGAAGACGAAUUGAAUUGUAAGGAUAUCACGUUGGAUAUGACAGACUAAAACACAAUAAAAUGGCAAAGAUAUCAAACUGGGAUAAAUUUGUCCUUUUGCUAUGGAAAAAUUGGAUCCUACAAUGGAGUCACAAAUGGCAAUUGGUUAUCGAACUUUUAUUGCCAGCAAUUUUUUCAUUGCUGAUGGUCCUGGUUCGUACACUCGUUGAUAUUGAGCACAUGCCUGUGGUGAAUUAUCGACCACUUGCUUUAGAUAAUUUGGAUCUGUUUAAUGAGACGAUGAGUAGACAGAAUGGUAUGGGAAUGCCAGCAUAUUCUCUGUAUUAUUCCCCGCAAAAUGUUCAUCUGGAUAGUGUGGUCGGUGCGGCGGCAAGAAGUUUGGGCCUAAACCAUACGGGAUUCGAGGAUGCGAAAACUCUACAAACUAGUGUGACAUCAAGCAAUGCCUUUGCUGGCAUUGAAUUUGAUCAAUCCUGGUCGGAUUUGGUAGAAUUGCCGGAAAAAUUCAAAUACACAUUGCGUUUCCCAUCGGAACUGCGUACGACAACCUAUAAGUUUGGUCUAACAUGGCUAACGAUGAGGCUAUUUCCGGUUAUCGAUACAACCGGACCACGUAAUCUCCGGGAUAAUGAUGGUGGAAUACCUGUCGGUUAUCUACGUGAAGGUUUCCUACCCAUUCAGCAUGCUCUGAGCAUGUCCUUUAUAAGACAAAAGUCGGGACAAGAUGAAUUGCCCGAGGUUGUGAUGCAACGUUAUCCAUAUCCCUCCUAUAUAUAUGAUCCAUUGCUUGAGGGUCUAGCCGCAGUAGUGUCAUUCAUUCUGGUGCUCAGUUUUAUCUAUCCUGCCACAACUAUUACUAGGUACAUAACGACGGAGAAGGAGAAACAGCUUAAGGAGGUGAUGAAAAUAAUGGGAUUGAGCAAUUGGUUACAUUGGAGUGCCUGGUUCCUCAAAUCGUUUUUAAUGCUAUUCAUAUCUGCCAUACUAAUAGCCGUAUUGAUGAAGAUACCUUGGCAGAACGGUGUCUCCAUCUUGACCAAUGGCAGCUUUACAGCCCUGGUAUUUUUUCUAAUGAUCUAUAUUAUCUCUGCAAUAUGUUUCUGCUUUAUGAUCGCACCGAUCUUUUCAAAAGCAAGCACGGCGGCAGCUGUCACAGGAUUACUUUGGUUCAUUGCCUAUAUGCCAUUCACAUUGAUACAACAGAAUUAUGAAACAAUGACACUGGGAUCGAAACUCGGCUGGAGUUUAAUAUCAAACACGGCGUUGGGAUUUGGCAUGAAGUUGAUACUCCAAUUUGAGGGUACGGGCGAAGGUUUUCAAUGGAAUAAUAUGUUUACGCCUGUCACAAUCGAUGAUAAUCUAAGUGUUGGCGCCGUUAUGAUCAUGAUGCUCAUCUCCAGUGCCUUGUACAUGUGCAUCUGUCUCUAUGUCGAACAGGUGUUCCCGGGUGACUUUGGUGUGGCACGCAAAUGGUAUUUCCCAUUUACCCGGACCUUCUGGUGCGGUGAUCGUUGCAAUUUUACGGGUGUUGAGGAUGUGCCCAAUGAAAAUGGUCAAGCCAAUAAAGGAACAUUCGAGGCUGAACCGGAAAAUAAACCAAUUGGAUUACAGAUGAGAAACAUCAAGAAGAAGUUUGGCAAAAAAAUGGUUGUCAAAGGUUUGUCCAUAAAUAUGUUUGAGGACGAAAUAACAGUACUUCUUGGUCAUAAUGGAGCCGGAAAGACGACAACAAUUUCAAUGUUAACGGGCAUGUUUCCUCCCACAUCCGGUACGGCGAUCAUCAAUGGCAGCGAUAUUCGAACCAAUAUUCAGGGUGCUCGGAUGUCGCUCGGAAUUUGUCCGCAGCAUAAUGUUCUCUUUGAUGACAUGAGCGUGGGGAAUCACAUACGUUUCUUUAGCCGCAUGAAGGGACUCAAGGGUGCCGCUGUGGAAAAGGAAGUCCAGAAAUAUCUGGAGUUAAUUCAACUUGAAAAUAAAGCCAAUUCGAAAUCAUCCAAAUUAUCGGGUGGCAUGAAGCGUAAACUGUCCGUUUGUUGUGCCCUUUGUGGCGACACCAAGGUUGUCCUGUGCGAUGAGCCCAGCUCUGGUAUGGAUCCUGCAGCGCGACGACAAUUAUGGGAUCUGCUGCAGAAGGAAAAGAUGGGACGAACCCUUCUCCUAACCACUCAUUUCAUGGAUGAGGCCGAUAUCCUGGGCGAUCGCAUUGCCAUCAUGUGCGACGGUGAGCUCAAGUGUUACGGCACCUCUUUCUUCCUUAAGAAACACUACGGUUCCGGCUAUAGUUUGAUCUGUGUAAAGGAAGACAACUGUGAUCCCGCAGAGGUGACGGCCUUACUCUCCCUCUAUAUACCCGGCAUACAGCCAAAGAGCGAUAUUGGUGCUGAAUUAUCAUACGCAUUGCCGGAUCGAUACUCGGAUAAAUUUGAGAAGAUGUUUGGAGCCCUAGAAGAACGAUCUGCGGAUUUGCAUUUGAGUGGAUAUGGCGUUGGCAUCACCUCAAUGGAGGAGGUCUUCAUGAAGGUGGGCGCUGAAACCGAUGCCGAGGGCAAGCGCAAGGAGGCUGAAGCAAUUAUGAAAGGUGCCUCUGGCUAUGCGGAGGAUGACAAUGAAUCGAUGCGAUCGGAUCGGGCAUUCUCGGAUCAGCGUCAUUCGUUACGUGGAAUGCAAUUGACGUUGAAUCAAUGGCAUGCAAUGAUGCUGAAAAAGAUACUUUACACAUGGCGUAACAAAUUAUUGCUCUGUAUACAGAAUUUAAUGCCCGUAUUCUUUGUUGUCAUCACCAUAUUGAUAGCGCACACACAAAGCACAUUCCGUCAACUGCCGCCAAUCGAGAUAAGCCGUGAACAAUAUCCGCAAACGGUAACGGUUAUGGAAAGAUUCGCAAAUUUAACACCGAAUUCCAUUGGAGCCAAAGUGGCUGAUCAAUAUGAGGAAAUGGCCAAAUCAAUUGGUAGUUCGCAUCGUUAUGAGUCUACGGACAAAAAGAACUUUAGCGAUUAUAUACUCACUCUCGGCAAAUCAAUACAGUCGCGUAUUAAUACACGUUACUUGGUUGCGGCAAGUGUGGGAGAUGACAAAAUCGUAGCAUGGCUUAACAAUAAACCAUUGCAUACGGCCCCGUUAACGGUGAAUAUGGUGCAUAAUGCAAUUGCCCGCAGAUAUGUUGGCGAUGAUGCGGCAAUUGUUGUUACCAACUAUCCAUAUCCAUAUACGACACAAACGCUAUUAUCCCAACUGAAUAUUGGCAACAAUAUUGGCACACAGAUGGCAAGUAAUUUAUGCUUCUGCAUGUGCUUUGUGAGUGCCAUGUAUAUAUUGUUUUUGAUCAAGGAACGUCAAUCGCGUGCCAAGUUAUUGCAAUUUGUGAGUGGUGUAAGAGUUUGGACAUUUUGGUUAACCCAAUACAUUUGGGACUUUCUCACAAUUACGAUUACGUCGGUCAUUAUUAUAAUAACAAUAUUUUGCUUCCAAGAGGAUGGCUUCAUUACAGCCGAUGAACUGGCACGAUAUUUUCUAUUGCUCGUUGUCUUUGGCUUUGCCGUAUUGCCAUUCACGUAUCUUUUAUCAUUGAAAUUUGAUGAUCCGGCAACGGGUUUUGCACGCAAUUCAAUUAUCAAUAUAUUUGCCGGCAUGGCCUUGUUCAUUGUGGUUAUGGUCAUGUCAUUUGAAGUAUUCGAAACGGAAGAAACGGCCAAAACUCUCAGCAACAUAUUCCGCAUCUUUCCCCACUUUUCAUUGGCAAUGGGGCUGAAUAAGGCAUACACCUUUGUGGCCACACAGCAUGCCUGCGAUAAGGUCGGUGCUCUUCCACCUAUACUUCUCUGCGAGCUGGUUCCCAAGUGCUGCGACUUAAAACCCUUCUUUGGCUGGACAAAUCCGGGUGUCAUGCUAGAAAUUGUCUAUAUGUUGUGCACAGGAGUCAUUUGUUUCCUUGUGCUCAUCAUAGGCGAAUUUGGCUUAAUUAAUGAGCUUAUCUACAAGGUUCGCAAGAUGAAAAUAAAAACACCGCCAGCCCCACAGGAUGUCGAUGACGAUGUGGAGAGGGAACGUCAACGCAUCCUUAAUAUGACGCCGCAUGAAGUGUCCGCCAAGAAUCUUGUAUUGGAUCGUGUGAGCAAGUAUUAUAAAUCCUACUUGGCCGUCAAUCAGGUGUCGCUAUGCGUUGGAGAGGUCGAGUGCUUUGGUUUAUUGGGUGUCAAUGGUGCCGGAAAGACGACAACGUUUAAGAUGUUGACAGGCGAUGAGAAAAUCAGUUCGGGCUCGGCGUAUGUUCAGGGUCUCAAUUUGGAGACGGAUAUGGGUCACAUCUAUAAGAGGAUUGGCUAUUGUCCACAAUUCGAUGCACUGCUAGAUGAUUUAUCUGGACGUGAAAUGUUAAGAAUAUUCUGUUUACUACGUGGCGUCCAAAAAGAAGCUAUCAAACCGGUGUCCGAAGAAUUGGCCAAAUCAUUUGGCUUCAUGAAGCAUAUCGAUAAAAAGACGCGCACCUACAGUGGCGGCAAUAAGCGUAAACUGAGUGCAGCGAUUGCCAUGAUUGGUGCACCAUCGGUUAUAUAUCUAGAUGAGCCCACCACAGGCAUGGAUCCAGCUGCCCGACGUCAGCUCUGGAAUAUGGUCUGUCGCAUUCGUGACACGGGCAAAUCAAUUGUCCUCACAUCCCACAGCAUGGAGGAAUGCGAGGCACUUUGCACACGUCUCGCAAUUAUGGUUAAUGGUGAAUUCAAGUGCAUUGGAUCUACACAGCAUUUAAAGAACAAAUUCUCCAAGGGUCUUGUGCUCAAGAUUAAAGUGCGACGCAAUAAAGAUGGUCUUAGAGUCUCACAGGUAAGCAGCGGCAGCAGAUAUCGGACACAAAAUUCCGAAGAAUCAGUACCAUCCACACCGUUGCCAUAUCAAACUACCAGCAAUGUGUCACUACGUCGCAGUCUGGAGAGCAUUAAAAUGCCACACAGCAAUGGCAUUUCCGAAGAUCAAAUGGUUACACCAGUGGCCGAUCGCGACAGCAUCGAUGAAACAGCAGGUCGACGCAGCACCGUAAACUUUAGGCGAAGUUCGGAUGAGAUUCCAGGGUCCAGUGGCCAGAAAACCGAUGAUAAUAUUGAAACUGUAAAGAAGUUUGUGCAACAGAAAUUUCCACAAGCCAUUUUACAGGAGGAAUAUCAGGGCAUGUUGACCUUUUACAUUCCAUUGAAUGGCAUCAAAUGGUCGAAGAUCUUUGGACUUAUGGAGCAAAGUCGCUACGAACUAAAUGUGGAGGAUUAUUCGAUUAGCCAGACGACAUUGGAGGAGAUAUUCUUGGACUUUGCCAAGCAUCAGCGUGAGGAUCCACGCACCUCACACAUGAAAAAAUUGAAAAAACAAAGCGAAAGGAGAAAACGAAAGGAAACGAAAAUACUAAAGGAAAUGAAUGAACAGAAUCAGCAGGAGCCGCAAUGAUAAUAUUAUAAAAGCAGAAAGAUUUUAUUUUCACUAUAUCUACCUGAGACCUACCUAAUAAUGACCACCAUGAAAACUGGUUAUCAUCUAUAUAUCUAUAUAUAGGAGCUAUAUUUUUUACCUACAGAAUGCACAGUAAACAACAACAACAUCAGCAACAUCGUUGAGUGGAACAUGAAUACAAAUAAACAAUAUAGUUUAUAAGAAUGUUAUAUUGUAAACUUUUAGUGAAAUUUAUAGUUACAUUCAUGUAUUAUCUAUUGUUUGGCAUCGAAAACAUUGUUCUAUAUAAAUCUGUUUGAUACGCUCAAUUUUUAAUUGUAAAGUAUUUUGUAUGUUUAUUGAAAGAAAAUUAAAAUUUGGCACCGAUCUAGUUGUAAAUUGUACGAUAUUAUAUUUAAUACAUAUUCUUAUAUUGUAUUUUAUGAUGCUGGAGCUGGGGCUGAUCUAUUGUAUACAACUCUUUAAAGAAUUUACAAUAUGGAAAAUAAAACAUUAGGCAAUGAAAAA